AUGGAGGCUUCUGUGUUGAGUCCAACUUCUUGGGAGAAAAGAAGGGCCUGGCUGCUACAGAGUCGUAACUGGCAGACACAGGUUCUUGAAGAAGAGGCUGCGGCUGCCCUUCAGGAUGUCCCAGGUCCUGGGCCUUCCAGCCUGGAUGAUGUUUUCCGGGAAGGAACUCCAAUCAAUAAGAUUGAAGACUGGCUACAGGAUUGUGGAGACACUGAAGAUCUUGCUGAAGACACAGGAGAGUCUACAGACAAUGGGUGCUACAGCCAUGGGAUCAGCUUUGAAGAUGACUUGACCCUUGGAGCAGAGGCCACACUGCUAGAUGCCAAUGGCAAGCUCUUCUCCAGGAAUUUUCUCCAGACAGCAAGGCCUGGCCAGCUACUUAAUCUGGGCUGUAGUCUGGCUUCCAGCAGCAUGACCAGUGGGACUAACAAGACUAAUUCAAGCAUCUCUGAGAUUCUGGACCAGGUAGAAGAAGAUGCAGAAGAUGUCCUCUUCAGUCUUGGCUUUGGCCAAGAGGACCACAAAGACACAUGUCGGAUCUCUGCAAGAUUUUUUAUCAACCCCUCCCAGGCCAAAGGCAUCAAUUUCCAGCUCUUUCUGAAGUCCCAGGUGCAGAGGAUUGAGAUGGAGGACCCCUGCCUCAUGCUGGCCAGCAGGUUUAAGCAGGUGCAAACACUGGCUGUCACUGCAGAUGCCUUCUUCUGUCUCUAUUCCUAUGUAUCUAAGACACCUAUCCAGAAGUUUACACCAUCACACAUGUUCUGGAACUAUAACCCCACCAAUGUGCCAUCCAUCAAGAUUCUGACCCCAGAGCCUGAACCCCACUCACCUAGAGAACGCCUCCGGAAAGCUAUCUCCAAAAUGUGCCUAUAUACAGGUUCCAGAGGCCGGCUGUUGUUACAUUGCAACACCCCGAAAAGGAACAGCUUGGGCCAAGUGGUGUGGGAAGUGAUAGACAAAGUGAGAGGAGAGAAACUAGUCCUCCAGAAAGGACCUGGCUUUGAAAAAGGCCCAGGGGAUGAUCCCGUACCCUCCAUUGGAGAUACAAAACUUCCUGCUUCCUCCUUUCCGUUACUCCUCUGCCUGACAGAGGAACAGCAAGGAACCCUGGCAAUACCACAAAUUCUGCAUUGUAAGACUGAGCCAUCCUGCUGGGCACAGUCUCUAAACAAAACGGAGCCACCAUGCAGCCCAAACCCUGCACAGCUAGAAAAAGAACUGUGUGGUCUACAGGAAAGCCAUUCAGACAAGAAUAAGACUUUCUGGAAAAGAAAGAGCCAAACGAGAAAAUGCCUAUUUCCAAAGAGCCCUCUGGACCGGAAAGUGGAGCCAUUGGAUCUCUCCAACAUCCAGCAGAGGUGGAAGCAGAUCCCAAACAGGCCAGAAAUGUACCAACAUGUAACCCAACAGUCCCAGGACACUUUUGACACUGAAGAGGGGCAAAGGAACAAUGAAGAGGAGGAGAACUGUUGCCCUGGCAAACCCAGACAGCCCUGCUUUGACCAGAAUUACCUCGGCAAAGACUCACAAAGCCUUCUAAAUGGACACCAUAACAUAUAUCCUAAGAAGAAUGGCUUCCCAGAAGUUCCUACUUCCCAUCUCUGGCAAGAAGUUGUACAUUCCUUCCCAUCCAGCUCCUACUCCUUGGCACUCCAAACUCCUGAGUGCACUAGGAGACCCACAGCAUGGUAUAUCAAGAAGAAGACCAGACCAAGAGAGUUGGAUUCUGCAUCCUGAUGCUGGCAUGAGCUACAAGCACAAGGAAAGACCUAUGCACAUCACUUCAUUUCCAAGCAACCUGUUUAAUCUACCAGGUAGGUAUUAACUACGUGAUGUGGAAAAACUGGACAAGGAGUUAAAUUUCUCUCAAACUUCACCAUGGCUGAAGACAGCAGAUUCAAAGAUGAUUGUAUUUGGGGAAUAAAGGUGGCUACUGGAAUGUUCUCAAAGGCCUCAAGAUAACAGAGGAAGGAGAAACCUCACUUCAAAAAUCUCAGUGAAUUCUACCCAGGAUUUCCCUCUGGACUUCUUGUCACCUUUAUGCACCCCGAAUUAAGUUCCAGAAAAUCUUCCAUAGCACCACAGUUGGAUCCAAGAUGGACUGGGAGAUUUUCGUUUCAGUUCUGUGCUGUCUAGGCUCCUCCUUUAAAGUAUGACUCAGACUACUCAAGAAUUUGUAUUUCCAUAUAGAAAUAUAGAGGUUGGCCUCAGAGUCCUUCCUCUUAGCCUAUGCAAAAAUCAAAAUAAAAAAUGCAUGAUAUUUUCU